AUGUCUCAAAAUCACCGAGCAGAAAAUCGAGCCCCCCCGACCGUGGCAGAUGAGCUGUUAGAAGCUCUGGCUCAGGCAGGCGUAGAUUACCUCUUCACCGUGCUGGGAUCCGACCACCCCAGCAUCAUCGAGGCCUACGUGCGCCGACAGAAUGAUCCCACACGGCAGUAUCCCAAGAUGAUUCUGUUUCAGCAUGAGUUUGUCGCCAUGUCAGCGGCCGAUGGGUACGCACGAAUCAGUCACCGGCCAGCGUGUGUGAUUGCCCACGUUGAUGUGGGGACGGCAGCUCUGGGCCAGGGGCUGCACAAUGCAUCCAGCGGACGAGCCCCCGUGGUGAUUCUGGCAGGGAUUGCCCCGUCCACCUUUCUCGGGGAGGCUCCGGGCUCGCGAUCGGAGCAUGUGCAGUGGUACCAAGAUAUUCGCGACCAGGCUGCCCUCGUGGCGCCGUACAGCCGCUACAGUGCCGAGAUCAAGUCCCCGCACAAUGUGUCCACCGUGGUGCAUCGCGCAGUGCUCAUGGCCACGACGGGCUCCCCCGGGCCUGUCUAUCUGACCGCAACACGGGAGAUUCUUGCCACUGCGAUACCUUCUGGCGACCCUGCUCUGCGGCCUAAGGCCCUACCAUCGUGUCUCCUGGGCUCGCUGCCCUCUGAGCAAGUAGAGGUAAUCAGUACAGCGCUGCUCAAUGCGCAAGCCCCGCUGGUGAUCACCGGGUACCUGGGUCGCAAUCAUCGCGCCGUCCAAGAGCUGGUCCACUUGGCUGACAUGAUCUCCGGCCUGCGAGUGUUUGACUCGGAGCUCCGUGAGAUGAGCUUCCCAGCCACCCAUCCUGCCUGUGUGACGCGAGGGACGGGGGCAGCUCCCGCAGUGCAAUCGGCCGACGUGAUUCUCGUCCUAGAUGCUGAUGUGCCGUGGAUUCCCACGCGUGUGCGCCCUUCUUCCACCGCCCAAAUCCUCCAUAUCGACCUUGACCCGCGAAAAGAACGCAUGAAUAUUUUCGAUAUCAAUGCGUCUCUCACCUUCCACGCGGACACGGCGGCUGCUUUGAGCCAGCUUACUGCUUAUAUAUCUACCUCCCCUCAGUUGCCCGAAUUGCAAGCUCGUGAAAGCUGGCAAGCGCGUGAGCAGGCUGUGAAGGCAUCAUACGACAAGGGCCAGGCACAGAUCGAUGCCCGUGCGGCCGCACUGCUGUCGACGCCGGAUGCGCCCUGCAGUGUAGACUAUUUGUGUGGUCGCGUCCGCGCACUGCUACCCCAGGAGACGGUCUAUGUAACCGACUCGGUCACAAACCAGGUAGCCAUGACGGAGCAGCUCCGCCUGCACCGACCGGGCUCGCAUCUCACCAAGGGCGGCAGCGGAUUGGGCUGGGCGGGCGGCGCUGCAAUCGGGGUGCAGCUGGCCGCGGCACGGUACGAUCUGUCCAACCGGCCGGUGGUUCAGCAGAAGGCUGAGGGGGCUUCGUCGUCAGAGACCCGUCCCUUUGUGUGCAGCAUCACGGGUGAUGGAAGCUUUGUGUUCUCGGUUCCGACCGCGGUCUUCUGGGCCAGUCACCGCUAUCAGUGCCCCUUUCUGACUCUCAUCUUGAACAAUGGAGGGUGGAAUGCCACCAGUCAAUGCUUGAAGGAUGUACACCCGACCGGUGUUGCGGCUGGUUUGUCGAAGGAAGAGCUGGGGAUUUCCCUGGUCGCGGAUGGGCCUGAUUAUGGGGGCAUUGCCAAGGCUGCAGCUAACGGAAACCUAUGGGCGAAGCGUGUGGAGUGUGUAGGCCAGCUAGAUGAAGCUCUUACUGAGGCGAUUAGGGUUGUGGUGAAGGAGGCCAAGUCGGCGGUGCUGGAUGUCAUCAUCCGUUAG